CUGGGGUGGCCGCUCAGAUCUAACUUCCCAGCCAGCAGGAGAAGAGGAGCAGAGCAGAAAGCCCACUCCACUCCACACCAUGAUCAGCCUGAGGACAGCUCUGCUGGCCACCUUCCUCCUGGCCGUUUCGUAUCGAUAUGCAACAGCGAGACCUGACACUCCCAAGGAAUGCUGCUUUGAUUAUGUGACUGGCCCAAUUCAGUUCACUAAACUGGUGGAUUUCUACAGGACCUCCAGCGACUGCCACUUACAAGCUGUCGUGUUGGAGACCCGUGCUGACCGCAAGGUCUGUGCUGAUCCCUCAAAGCUUUGGGUGAAGAGAGCAAUCAGCCGCUUGGAGGCAAAGAAGGAACAAAAAUCACAGUCAGCGCAUCGCAGAUAAAUGCUCCGCCCAAAGCCCCGGCAGAGCCCGCUACUUUCUGCAAUCUCUGCUCAUUUCUUCAUUCCACCUACCUCACUGGACUGUUCUUGUGGCAACACUGACAGAUGGACAAACAGCUCAGCUGUGAGAGCGCGAGCUAGCCGUGUGCAUGUAGAGGACACUCUGGGCAGGACAGCCGCAGAGGUUGUUUCAGAAUCUUCUUGUCCUUGCAAGAACAGCCACAAGCUGUUACAGGCGCACAGAUAUUAAAGCUUCAUUG